GAAAAUUUUCAUAGCAGCAUAUAUGAGUGGGAAAUUGCAUAAAUAAGGCUCCUUCUCUUUCCUUUCAGUAGGCAGAGUGUGGCAGAAUAUUUUUCAUUGUUCCCCCACCUCCUUUUUUUUUUUUUUGCUGUAGUGGUUUGAUGUAUCAUUUAAUCCUUUGAGGUUUGCAUGUGAGGGUUUGAUACAUCCUAUACAACAGGUAAAAUUGGCAACAAAAUGCAGAUGAAAACGAAUAUGAUUUUGAUAAAAACUGUUUACUUUUACUCCCACCACCACUAAAUAAAAAAUAAAUCUAAAGGUUGGGAGGAAAUAUCUGUUUGUGGAGACUGGAAAGGGAAAUAUGAGAAUUGAUUGGUUCUAGUAUGCUGUAAGUGGGUGGAUUUUUUUUUUUUUUUUUGCAACAGGAAGUGAUUUGCAGUGUUCAGUGAGCCUUUUGUUGAAAAGGGUCUUCUCUCAUUUGUGUGAGUCAUGCUUUUGCUGUAAGCGGCUUGGCAUCUCUAAGCAGGAGUUGGAUCUUUCUCAGAGAAAACUGUUACUUCAUUCGUCUUCUCCAUCAGUAAAUGUGGAAUGUCAGUGAUAUAUCUGUAUUAUAUAUGCAUUUACAGAUGCUCUAUAGACAGCAUAUGACUUUUAGCAGAUUUGGAGUAUCUGCCCUCAGCAUAAUGAAACAUUUGUUAUGAUAGGGCAGGUGCUUUAUGAAUUGGCAUCAGGCUUGCCAGAACAUAUGCAGGAAGCUAGAUAGAAGGGCAUGCUUCACCGUACAAAGUAUAACCGCUUUAGGAAUGAUUCCGUGACAUCAGUUGAUGAUCUUAUACACAACUUGUCCAUGAGUGGCAAGGUCUCGGCUGUUACUACGACCUCCGCUGUGCCCACUUACAUGACCUCGACUGAGGUACUCAGCAAGGACCAUGAAGAUGGACCCAACACCAUUUGCACCUUUAUCCACAAAGUGUCAAACUUAAAACUCACCAGCACAGGGAGUCUUUUGGGAAUCAAAAACUUGUCAUCUGCAGUGAAAGAGCUGGCUGUUUCCAAACUACAGGGCAGCUCUGGUGCUACGACUUCGGCAGCUGGAGCCUCAGACAACACCUGUAACCUUGUUUCUGCUUCUGCAUGUUCUCAACAGGACGUGUCUAAGAUGAACACGGUAAAAAAGGCAAGGUCAGUGGAAAUGCAGCUGGGAGGUGAGGACUGGAAUCCCAGUGGUAGUUUCUUCAGUAAGCCCUCCCGAGGAUGGCUUCACCCGUGUGAGAAGAUCCUGGGACCUGGUGUGACGUACGUUGUGAAGUACCUGGGAUGUAUUGAAGUUUUAAGGUCCAUGAGAUCCCUUGAUUUCAACACUAGGACGCAGAUAACAAGGGAAGCUAUUAGCAGAGUAUGUGAAGCUGUACCAGGCACCAAAGGAGCAUUUAAGAAAAGAAAGCCACCAAGCAAAGCUUUGGCCAGUGUUUUAGGCAAAAGCAAUCUUCAGUUUGCAGGCAUGAGUAUUACAUUAAACAUUUCCACUAGCAGUCUCAACCUGAUGACCCCAGACUCCAAGCAGAUUAUUGCAAAUCAUCAUAUGCAGUCUAUUUCGUUUGCAUCUGGUGGUGAUCCGGAUACCACAGACUACGUUGCAUAUGUAGCAAAGGAUCCAGUGAAUCGAAGAGCAUGCCAUAUUUUAGAAUGCUGCGAUGGCUUGGCUCAGGAUGUUAUCAGCACAAUAGGACAAGCAUUUGAACUUCGGUUUAAGCAAUACCUACAAUGUCCAUCCAAGCUUCAUGCACUUCAUGACAGGUCGUUAAGCUUAGAUGAUGUUCUCACAACAACAGACGAAGGGGACAUACUGGAGCAUCAAUAUUACAACCGAAUUCCGAAUAAGAUGCCCCCACCUGGUGGAAUAAUAGAUGCAAGAACGAACUGUAUACCCUCAAGUCCUGUAGACAUAGCUCAGUCACCAUCAGUACCUGGACAAGAGCAAAUAUACUAUCAGGGUCGUUCUCAGAGAGAGAAUCUUGGGGAUGAAUGGCGACAUGCACCUAUCCGACAAGAUUCCUUUGACUUGUACAGUCCAACAGAAGUGAAGCCACAGCUGCCUGAACCAAGGGAAUUGCCAAGUUAUGUCAACACGCAGACCAUAGAUGUACAGAAUUUGGUAGCUCUUCAAGAUAUCACAAAUGCAGUCAGCCCGAAACUACAGUCCACCAAGGAGAGUCCUAGAAAAGACAUCUUUGACAUGAAACCUUUUGAGGAUGCUCUGAAGUGUCAGCCUGCUCGGCCUCUUCUAAAUAAAGCUGCCUCUGCUGACAGUCCCAUUUUAGCCAAAGCAGCUGCAGUCACAAUACAAGGGGAGCUGAUGGCAGAGCCCUGGUAUCAUGGAGAGAUGAGUCGCAAAGAAGCAGAACAUUUGUUAACAAGGGAUGGUGACUUCCUGGUUAGGUCAAGUGCCACCAACUCUGGCUGCUAUGUGCUGACUGGCAUGCAGAAUUCUCUGGUGAAGCAUCUUCUCUUGGUAGAUCCAGAAGGAACAGUUCGUACUAAAGACCACAUAUUUGAGAACAUUAGCCAUCUUAUCAACUAUCACCGUGAGAAAAAUUUGCCUAUUGUCUCUUCUGGUAGUGAACUCUGCCUGAAACAACCCGUUGACAAAAAAUAAUUUUUAACAAACUUUGUUUGGACUAACCGGAGCAGAUGCUGCACCUGCAAAAAUCAGUGAAUUCAAAAAAUGGAUUGAAGAUGAGUGUGCAAGUAUUCAUUCAAGAGUUCCUUUUCUUAUUUUCAAAAUAAUGUGCCAAUUGAAAUAUUUUCAAACCAACAGAUGCUGUGGCUACAAAAGAAAAAGAAUUGACAAAAUGUUUUCAUAGCUCUUUUUACAAAACACCAGUGGUCAUACAAUGUUAAAUUUUGAAAGUAUAUAUUUUUAAAGAUGAAAACAAUGAAAAGUGUAGGACAUUCCCUGUUUUUACUAAAUAUCCUAAAAUAUAAAAAUUGUGAUUAUAUGAAGAAAAGGCUGCACUUUUUCACAUAGUAACUGAGGAUACUGAUGCCAGAUUAAAUUAUAUAGUUUUAAUGAAAAAGCACAAUAUAUAGGGCAAGACGAAGGAUGUGACAAUUUUGAGUAAAUGACUUUUAGCAGUUACCUUUUUAACAGUGUAGUUGAAAUUGAAAAUACUCUCUACUACUGUAGGUGAUUUGAAAUUAGUUUAUAUGAAUUUUAUCUGUCUGAUGUAAAAUCUGAAAUGUUUAUGUAUAAAUAGUAACAUUUGUAAUUUAAUUAUGACCUGUGUUGAAUUGCAUUUGCAAAGUAUGCUCACUGAGUAGGGUUAAACAGCAUGAAUCUUCAGCAAAUGGUAGAUUUAGGAGUACAGUUUCACAUCAGUUUGUCUACUGAAUGGGUGAGCAGAGCACCCCUAUAGUAUGAGUCAGAUAUGAAAAUAAUGCUCAAGUUUAGGUAGUGAAGUCAAAUUUUAUGGCCAGUCUCUGAACUAAUCUGAAGCACUAAGAGGGUGGAAUAGUGAUGGAAAAUAAACUGGAAGGUACUGGAGGGGGAACUGUGCAUCACUGGUGCAUAAUGAAGUCUAGUCCUUUAUAUUCCUAAGAAGAAAACUCAGGAGAUUCAAGGGUACAAGACCCUAAAUAGCUCCAUACAUGAAACAUGCUUAACGUGGCUCUCCUUAUAGUUUUGUAAUGUAUCCUAAAUUACUAUGUAUUACUUCCAGGUAGAUAACUUUUUUUAGUUUUGAAAUUAAGUAUGUUACUGUAUUCCUUAACAGUUUUGUAAUGUUUUAAUACUAGUGAAGAAUGGAGUCAUAUGACAUGCUCGUUGACAUAUGCUAAAACAGCAUUAAAAGAUGGAUGGAAUUCAGUAAAAAUGCAUGGUUCUUUCAUAUUGUAUUACGUAAUUCUGAGUUUUAAUGAAGAAAAAAAUGCAUGAUUAGUAUUUACUGUGCUGUUGUAAUAAUCUGUUCAACCAGCUGAAAAAGAGUCCUGUAGCACAGAUGAAUAAUUUUAGGCUCAUUAAAUACAACCUAUUACUGCCUAUACUGUUCCCACUAGAAUUAAUUCUUGGUGAGUAUUAAUGCACAUGUACACACAAGUAUGAAAUAAUUAAAAAAUAAAAUCAUCAUUAAUUUGACAUUGAAUUUAACUGCAAAGUUGUUCAAACUCUGGAUUAUAGAAUUAGACCAACUGCUCUUAAUUCAUUAUAAGUGUAGGAUUUAUAAAAUGAUAGUGACAAUAUGUGGUAACCUGUAUGUAAGAUAAUUAAAAUUAUAUAUUGGGAUCAGAAAGACACUGAAAUGGAAUAUUUAAAGAUAGUCCAUUUCAUAAGCUGGACUUCAGGCUUCUAGUAAUAAAAUGUCCUAUUCACUGUCAAGUACAGAAUGUUAAUAAACUGAUUUAUACCUGUCAGUAAUUAAAUUUAUCUUGCAGUGAACUGCAAUAGUUUUUACAUGUUAAAUGGGUGGAAGAUGUGCAUACAUUUACUCCUGAAUGGCCACAUUUAAUCCCAAAGACAAGCGUGAAAAAAGAUUCACAAGUCAGGGAGCAUAAAUAAAUAUUUCAAAUAUAUAGUCAAAACUGAUUUUCUCUGUGAAUAUGUCUCACACAUAAAUCAUAUGCCGCUUAUACUGAUGGCAUUUUAAGUUCUGUAUUACAUAAGUAGAGAUGUAUAGUCACUGGUAUACUUUGAUGGCCAAGGCAAACAAGCCACAAGGAUGCCUUUUUUUUAGGAGAUAUGUCACAUGCUGAAAUGCAUAAAAAUGCCAUGAUAAUAUGGAAGGGCAAUAUGCUGUUUUAGUUCAUUCUUUGCUCAAAAUCACAAAUAUGUUUGCAUGUUCAUUGUAGUAAAUCUUUUAUUUUCAUAUUUAAUCAGGAUGGUGCAGUAGCCAACGCUGUCACCUCACACCAAGAGGUUCUCCGGUUCGAUUCUCGGCUGCGGUGC